AAAUUAAACGAGGCUCCUCUCAAACUCACCGGCAUGCGAAUUUACCUUAACAACACCCGAACGAGUAAAAAGGAAGAUACAUUUGCUCAUCGUCUAAAUAGAAGAAAGAAAAUGCCCGUGUUGACGCCGUCAGAUUCAGAUCUGAGGCUCCAAAUCCAUCCUUUAAUCGCCAGUCUCGAAGACAAAAAACACAAUUUCCGGUCAGAAGCAACUCAAGAUGAAAAGCCGAAGCAGCUACGUCCCACCGCCUUACAUACCCUUGGGGCAGUCGGACGAAGACCUUCCUCGUCCUACUGGGGAGGGGGAUGGUGAACCAAGGCCGUCGCCGUCGCCGCCGCAGUCUCAGUCUGUUCAGUGGUCUUCUGGAAUCUGUGCUUGCUGCGAUGACAUGCAGAGCUGUUGUAUAGGUCUCUUUUUCCCCUGCUAUUUGUUUGGAAAGAAUGCAGAAUUUUUGGGUUCUGGUACUCUAGUCGGAUCCUGCAUCACCCAUUUCAUUCUUUGGGCCCUUGUCAACACUCUCUGCUGCGUCUUAACUCAAGGCUUCUAUUUGGCUUUACCUGGAUUUGGAUGCUUUAUCUCUUGUUAUGCUUGUGGCUAUCGGAGGGCACUUCGCUCCAGAUACAAUUUGCAGGAAGCACCUUGUGGGGACUUUGCUACUCACUUUUUCUGCCAUCUUUGUGCCAUUUGUCAAGAGUACAGGGAGAUUCGUGAAAGGGCAGAGGACCCUAAACCCCCUGAUCUUAAUCUGGCUGUCGUAACUGCACCAGACGUCCAGACAAUGGAAUCAUCAGGUCUCUAGUAAUGAGGUGCUAUUACUUUGGAAUUUUGUUUCUGUAGUGGGUUGUACUUGUUUCAUAUGUUUUAUCAAAUCUUCUCCCAGCACCAGGAUAUCUAUUAACUUUUUUGUUCUAAGACUACCAUGAAGGAAGGUCUCUAAUAUGAUAUUAGAUUGUAUUAGUAUGAUCACACCACUUGUUUGGUUUUCUUGUUUUUGGGCUGCAUUUAUGUAAAAAUGUCCCCAAGUGCUGCUAGAAAAGGCUCUAAUUGCAGCAUAUUAAUUAUGAAAGGUUAAAUCUGCUUGGAUGAACCAAAUCACCAGUUGAUUCCGGAAGCAAUCUGAUGCAAUAUAUCCACUUAGGCAUCUUAACUCGGCAGGUGUUAUGAUUGUCAUCUGGUGAUUGACGGGAAAGUUUAGACAAAUUGUCUUUCCUUUAUCUUGAUUCUUCGAACAAUUUAUUGUAACCGAUAUUUUAUCUCGUAAAAAGAUUCGGAUUUCUAAGAAUAA